CUCCACGACGACUGACUGACUGACUGACAUUAGACUUGGAAUAAUACCCAUCUAGGGUUUACCAUGGGUUUCAUGCUCAACGCAGAAUUUUCUUCACGCCCCCCUUUGAACCCGAUUUCGCACAACAAUAACAACAGACCAGGUACCACUAUUCCGCUAUGGACCCUUCGUACGAGGGCUACAACGAACGAACGCACGAGCGAACGACUGAUAAAAAUGAACGAAUAGUUGCGCAAAAAAAUAAAUGCAAGAACGAACGAGGCUGUCGCUGCAUUGAAUGAGUGAAACCCUUUCACAUGAGAGGUCCAAUGCAAUGCCACGAAGAGCUCCUGACGAUUAAUGGAUUGCUCAUGACUGCAAACAAACCAUAUUCCGUGACAAUUUGGGGAAGAGCAUCUGAAAAAGUCAUGGCUCUGUUUGAUCAGUAGAGCAUGUGCGUGGCCUCCAUGGAUCCCCAACAAUGAUCGCUGAAGUUUACGGCAAUACGGAUUCAGAAGCGAAAGAUUUCCCGCACGUUCUCAUGUUGCUGCCUCACAUGCGAUUGACGCUUUCGUGGCUAGCAUAUUGAUGCAGUUAUUCGUGAUAAUUCGAGAACGAAGCAGUUCAUCGCUGUGCAGAAGCUUUUGGAGCGGAUUUUGGUGUUUUCCCAUUGGGAUUAGGCUCCAGUGUUGCAGGCACCUUUGAAAUGUCUAGAAGCGGAGAUGAUGCUGAAAUCAGCGAUGAAGAAGGCGAUGAUAUUCUUUCGACGUUCAGGUCGAUGCCACCGGGGGAAGAGUUGCCCGCGGUGAAUAAUUGGCGAGGUCUGGCACAUUAUCGCACAUGGAGUCGUCGCCGAGUGUUCCAGAAGAGUCCUGACAAACGAAUUCAAAGUGAGUUGUAUCUUCUGGAAGAGACAAUCACGGAUCUGGAGCCCAUUGCUUCCCUACCUCAUUCAGUACGCCUCGAGAUUUGCAGAUGCUUGAGCUAUCAAAAGUUUGAACCAAAUACUAUAUUGUGCACAGAAGGAGAUGUUGCCAACACAUUAUUCAUCGUGUUUACUGGGUCAGUCAAGGCCACUAAACGUAUUCCAGGGCAGCAGGAGGAUAAUGUUGUCACGUAUGCUCCAGGUCAUUGGUUUGGUGAAACAGUUUUUGAGAAGAAUAAAAUGAUAUGGGAGUGGACAUUCAGUACUGUAGAAAGGAGUGAAAUACUCACUUUAACGAAAAAGGAGUACGAUCACAUACUUAAGAUUCCAGGCACGGAUCAAUUGAAGACUCAUCUGAAUUUUCUAAAGUGCAUGAUGCAGGAAAUUCCUGCACUUAAAGAAGUUUCAAAACAAAGUUUGAGGCGCCUCGCCAACAUUCUAACUGUUCGAACUUUCAGCAAGAACAGAGUAAUCACAUUUCAAGGUGAUGACGCCGCUGAGAUGUUCUUCAUCAGGACUGGAGAGUGUCGAGUGGUUAUGGAGAUUCAUCCAAAAAGUCGCACCCCAUCACUACCCAGAGCAUCAUCAUCUGCAACACAGUACUGGCCUAGUUGUCAUGAAAGGUGCAAACAAGAGAUACGUGACCGAGAGAAAGAAUGGUGGCGGCCAUCACCGGUGUCAAGAUCAUCUACACGGGGAAGUCGCGUAACAAGCCGAUGUCACUCGCAACAAGCCCAGUCCGUUCUUCCUGAGUUACCCAAAGAGACAUUAAGCCGUCCUGACGUAAUCUACCGAAUGCUGACUCACAAGAAAGCAGCACUGUCCAAGCAGGCGCUAGAACAGAGGAAAGGAAAUGAAACUGAGGUGUCAGGUGCCAAGAGACCCUACACGUCACCUGCGCCUCAGAGCAACUUAAAACGUGCAAUCAAAAAGAAGCCUUCGAUUGUGGCUGCGGAUGAGGGAGAUUCCUUGACCCCAUGGCGGGUAUCUCCGGACGAGCAGCCUUACACAAGGUCCACCACUAGAGCCAGUAACCGCUCCUCUCAAGGGUAUCAUGCUUCCUUUGCUGACAGCACCCCAAAACCUGCCUCUCGGUCGGAAUCUCGGUCCAAAUCUGAUUCCAUUUCUGAGCCAGUUAUUAUGGCUAGCACUGCUCGGUUCAAAUCCCCAUCAGCAAUGGAAGGUCGCAAGAGGAAGCUUUACACUUCGAAAAUAAAACCAUCAGUCAUGAAAAAGUAUACUUUCUCAACUUUUGUGAGAGAUUGUGUAGAGAAAAAUAAGUCACGAAACAAAGAAGAUCUUGAGUUUUCAGAGAAGGAGAACAAGCUAUGGCAAAUGGGACUCACUACUCUUGGAACGAUGCCGGCUGUGUUUAUGACUAAUGAGAACCUGUACUACCAGAAGAAGUUCACGAGGUGGGCUCGAAAUGUGAUGGAUCGGGAGAGAAAACUGCUGUCUGAUAAUAUGCUUGAAGAGACGCCCACACCCUGCUUCAUGCCAGAGUUACCCCAGGCCGGAGUUCUGAAAACGGAGCAAAGUAAACUAAGUACGCCACAGUUUAAGCAAGCAACAUUUGAUGAUGCUGCAUCCAAGACAACUAUGUCCGCCACUGGUUCCUCACAAUCCUGUAUGAGCACCAUUCUUGACAUCGGAGCACUUAUAGAUGGUCAAUACUUUGGAGAGGGGAGUUUGUUGAUGGAAUCGAAACGAGCAGCAAGUGUUGUAGCUGUGUCACUGGUAGAGACAUUGGUUCUCAAUAAAUGGGAUUUUCAUCGACAUUGCGACAAAGACGUCAUCAAGGCUCUCGCUAAGCACGAAUACAAGAGAGAGGAGGAAUUCUACAACUUUUAUAUGAAAACACGCAAGUGGGAGAUGUUCAAGAAACAAGUGGUGGAGGAUAUCUGCAAUGCUAAAAGUGCUCGAAAACCAUCAAGGGGGAGACCUACUGGUGUGUUAACAAAACCAGAUGGCCGUAGCAUCGAGUUACCUCUAAAAGAGUGGGCUUACUAGAAGACAGCAUUCAGGCAGAAACAAUUUUGUAGGGUCAUUUAGGAACAAAUACAAACCGAGUGAAAGUCAAUGCUAAAUCAACAUUGUCUUUUCUCCGGUAAAUUUAUUCCAAUUUUUACCAGAGUUCUACAACACAAAGAGGACGAUGAAGUAAUAAUUAUUCAAUUAAUGAUAACAAUAUCCUCAAAAUCUUACUCUAAAGUAAAUUCAAUUUGACCCUUAUUACAUCUU